GCCUAGUAUUACCAGCGGGAUAGACGUCUGGGUAAUUCUAUUAGACGUCUUGGCAGAGCCGGCCGAUGGAUGCCUCUCUGGAUGCUGAGAUCAUGUCGAUGUCACUCGAUGAGAUUCGCCAGCGCAGUCGGCUAGUGGAAAAUGAUGUAUUUAUUGCGUGAACAAUGGACGCUCACUAUGCUAAUCAUUAGGUUAGGAUAAUGCGCUCAGAGAUACAACGCAUUAAGCACGAAUCCGAGUCUCACAAAGAACGCAUCAAAGAGAAUCAAGAUAAGAUAAAAUUGAAUAAACAACUUCCCUAUCUUGUUGGUAACAUCAUCGAAGUGCUUGAUUUGGGUUGUGAAGAGGACGAAGAGGUCGGCAUGGCCCAAGAUGUAGACGCUCAAAGGUAAGACUGGUGGAUAUAGGUCUGUAAUAUAUGAGGUAAGCACUAGGUCAGGAAAAUCUGUUGUGAUUCGUACCUCGACUCGGCAGACUAUCUAUCUGCCAGUGCCUGGGCUCAUUGACACCCAGGAAUUGGUUCCAGGGGAGCUCGUCGGAACCAAUAAAGAUUCUUAUCUUAUUCUUGAAAAGCUCCCUGCUGAGUAUGACUCGCGGGUGAAGGUAUUUACUUGAUUCACACACCACAUGUGGAGUGUCAUCGACGCAGGCCAUGGAAGUUGAUGAAAAGCCCACUGAAGAGUAUUCAGAUAUCGGUGGCUGUGAUAAACAAAUUAACGAACUUAUUGAGGCAGUGGUUCUACCCAUGACGCACGCUGAAAUGUUCACUUCAAUUGGGGUACGGCCACCAAAGGGAGUUUUGUUGCAUGGGCCUCCGGGAACAGGCAAAACUCUUCUAGCGCGAGCUUGUGCAAAGCAAACAGAUGCUAUAUUCCUUAAAUUGGCGGGGCCUCAAUUAGUGCAGAUGUUUAUUGGGGAUGGAGCAAAAUUAGUGCGAGAUGCAUUUGAGUUGGCCAAAGAAAAAAUCAAAUCUGGCAAGUUCCUCGUAAAGAAUCACUACGCCAUGAUAUCGUCUUCUUAGGCAACAAAAGUGGGGCAAUCGUCUUCAUCGAUGAGCUCGAUGCCAUUGGCACAAAGCGUUUUGGUGGCGAACAGUCAGGUGAUCGCGAAGUGCAACGCACGAUGCUUGAACUUCUCAGUCAGCUCGAUGGGUUUUCAUCGGAUGAGAAAAUUAAGGUGGCGCAGCGUCAAAAACAGAACCUUGGCAAAAUAACUCGAUGAAUGCAGGUGAUCGCCGCAACAAAUCGCCCAGACGUGCUUGAUCCUGCCCUCUUGCGUUCUGGCCGUCUAGAUCGUCAUUCCCGCGUAUCAAAUGAAACGGAUGGACAUAACGCUGCAAUCAGGCAAGAUUGAACUUCCGCAUCCAACAGAGAUGGCACGGGCACGGAUCAUGCAAAUACAUUCACGCAAGAUGAAUGUAGAUAAAGAUGACACCAAUUUUGAGGAACUUGCACGUUGUUGUGAUGACUUUAAUGGUGCGCAGUGCAAGGCCAUAUGCGUAGAGGUAAGGCAUAGCGUGCUUGAAAGUAAAAUAAUUUUGUCACUGCAGGCUGGUAUGUUGGCAUUACGGCGCGAGGCCAACACAGUGAAACAUGAAGACUUCAUGGAGGGCAUUGCAGUCGUUGCUGCUAAAAAGAAAGGAGCUCUGGACUACUACGCGUGAAGUAUCCAGGGAUUUGGCUCCGUGAACGUUCUACUUGUGGAGACUCGAGAGUUUGAAAAUUUAUGUAGUGGCAUGGCGUCUGAUCAGUGCAGAUCUCCUCCAGAUAAAGUCGCCAGGAAAUACCACCGGCUCUAUCUAUUCCCUACAAAAAGAGGAGACCCUUCGCCGAGUUGCCUUGUGUAGUCCAAGCCUUAUUCAUCGGCUCAUCUCUUUGUUUAGCUCACGUGGAAACCAAGGACGCCGGCGGACGGCGGAAGAGAGAGAGACGGGAGCCUGAGGGCCCCGGGUGCUUAUGCUACGGAAUGGAGACUCGAGAGAGUCUCCUACUCCUAGUCCUUGGGCUACGAGACAUGCUUGGCCGCAAGGUUUUGAGCAAGCUAUCCGUGCGCGGGGCAGCCGCAGCCCGGGCCUAAGAAAAGUCCUGCCAGUGGUCAUUCAGCACGAUAAUCACUCGAUGCGCGAACGGCGAGAAACGCGGGCCACGCAUAGACCGAAAUCUCAUGGGACGUCCGCGCCACUUAGUAUCAGAUCGCCGGACGCUGUGGUGGCCCGAUCGGCUCGUAACGAUCGCGUGUCUUUUUUUUUGUUUUGGGGCGUUUUCUCGGCGAGAUGGGCAGCGUUGGCUGCCGUGUUUUCGGCAUCGCGUCGUCCGGAUUGGAAGCUGCUCGUCUCUGCUCAGUAUCCUGUAACUUCCUGUAACUUCCCACGGCCCGGCCCCAUG